GCAAACAGCUGUUAGCUAUAUAUUUUAUCAGUGUAAAUAUAAAGCGUUUUUUGCUCUUGAAAAAAUAUUUAUUAAUAUAUUGCAAAAGAAAAAUCAAAUAAAAUACAAUUAUGGAUCCAGCUUUAUUGAGAGAACGCGAGGCGUUUAAAAAAAGGGCCAUGGCCACUCCCACUGUGGAGAAGAAGCCAAAAGCCGAGGCGCCACCACCCAGCCAGCCCAAAGAUGAUGCCAAGAAAAAGAUGCGUCCACCCAGUGCGCCUAAACUGGAUUCAAACACAUACAAAACAAUGUCUGGAAGUUCACAAUAUCGCUUUGGUGUGUUAGCAAAGAUUGUCAAACAUAUGCGCACUCGACAUCAGGAUGGCGAUGACCAUCCUUUGAACAUAGAUGAAAUAUUGGAUGAAACAAAUCAAUUAGAUAUUGGGCAGUCCGUUAAAAAUUGGUUAGCCUCGGAGGCACUCAUAAAUAACCCCAAAAUUGAAGCUACACCUGAUGGUCAACGUUUCAGCUUCAAACCAGUAUACAAAAUUAAAGAUGGCAAAAGUCUGUUAAGGCUACUUAAACAACAUGACUUGAAAGGCUUGGGCGGCAUACUGUUAGACGAUGUGCAGGAGUCGUUACCGCACUGUGAAAAAGUACUAAAAAAUCGCGCUUCGGAAAUAAUAUUUAUAGUACGACCAAUUGAUAAAAAGAAAAUAUUAUUCUACAAUGAUCGCACAGCUAAUUUUAUGGUGGAUGAAGAAUUCCAAAAACUGUGGCGUUCAGCGACCGUAGAUGCCAUGGAUGACGCAAAAAUUGAUGAGUAUCUGGAAAAACAAGGUAUACGUUCAAUGCAAGAUCAUGGCCCCAAGAAACCGGUACCAAAACGUAAGAAGACUGCAAGCAAGAAACGGCAAUUUAAGAAACCAAGAGAUAAUGAACAUUUGGCUGAUGUUUUGGAAACUUACGAAGACAAUACAUUAACACAAAAAGGCGUUAAUCCCACGUGAAAAAAGAAUUUCGCAAUUAAUGUGUGUGUAAUGUUGUGAAUUUAUUGCAAUAUACUUUAAUAUGCCCGUAGGA